AUGGCUUCUUCUUCUUUGUUUCGAAGCUGGGAACACGAUGUCUUUCCGAGCUUCCACGGACCAGAUGUAUGGAAACAUUUUCUCAGUCACAUUCCUAAGGAGUUCAUAAGGAAAGGAAUCAGCACUUUCAUUGACAACAAUAUCAAGAGAGGCGAAUCCAUCGGUCCUGAACUCAAAAGGGCAAUCAAAGGAUCUAAGAUUGCCAUCGUCUUGCUCUCCAAGAACUACGCUUCUUCGUCGUGGUGUCUUGACGAAUUGGUGGAGAUCAUGAACAAAGUGUUGGGUCAAACUGUGAUUACCAUUUUCUAUGAAGUAGAUCCAAGUGAUGUAAAGAAGCAGACCGGAGAUUUUGGAAAAGUCUUCAAGAAAACUUGUUGA